GUUUAGGGUGGUUUUUCCAACAAACUUGACAGCUACUUUGGAAGGAACAGAUUUGGAGGGAAAGAAAUCGCCGUAAACUUCAAGCCGAAGAAGAAUGGAAGCCUCGGCGACGACGUCAGGAGGAAUUGUUGAGCAAGCCGGUUCACGUUUGGUGGUCAACCGACGACGCCAAGAAGGUAAUCCGGUACUGAAGUACGUGAGAAAUGUUCGUUACGAAUGGGGUGAAAUAGGAACCGAUUUCGAAUGUGGGCCAACAUGUGGAGUACUGUAUUUGGCAUUGAAGUACCACAAACUUCAUCCGAACUACAUUCUCACACGUCUUUCUGGAAAAGAGGAAAACAAGUAUGCCUGCAAGAUACUUUUAGCCCUUUGCAAUGUUGAUGAACCAAGACAUACACUACGGGAACUAAACUUGCUUUGUUAUCGUAUGGACUGGACGUUAGUUCUUUGCUACUCGGUUGAAGAAGCUGCUGAAUACAUUGAAAAUUUGAAGCUAGCGGACAAUAGGGAUCCAACUUUCAAGAAGCCAGUGUCAGUGCCUGUUGAUGAACGAACAUCAAUGCAAAACGCGGCUAUUGGAAUUCUAACUGGAGCCAGAAGCGUGACGAAAUCGGAUGCGCAGAGACUACUGUACAACUUCGGUACACUCAAAGCAAUCGCAGAAGCUAGUGAAGAGCAGCUGGCACUAUGUCCUGGGCUUGGUCCGAUCCGUGCCAAGAAUCUCUACAAUUAUCUCAGAACUCCCUUUACGAUGUAACAUUUAAGGAAUUCGUGAUCAUUGGUGCAUUUGCGUAUAUGUAUGGUGUGCUUAGUGUGUAAUUUCACUGAUACGUUGUAGUUAUGAGCAUCUCCUUGGCCAGUGCAAAAUGGAAGAUAAGGUUUUGCGCACAUUUAUCCUAAACUUUGUUGUGGGAGAAAAAAGAUAUAUUAUC